UCCUAUAAAAGCCGCGCCUUUCUCUCGGGAAGGCUGGUUCCAUUCCAAAUCAAGCCAAUCAAAUUACCAAGUCAGGUAGUGCUAAUGGAGGGGCUCAUCCCGUUCAUCUACAAGGCGAUCAAGGAGAGGAGGAGCAGGACGUACUCCCUGUGCAGCUCCGACAUGUCGGCGGCCCGAAGGUUCGGGAGGGUGGGGGAGGAGGAGGAGGACGUCGUCGCCUGGGAGGAGCAGAAGCAGUGGGCGGUGGACGGCGGCAAGUUCGCCGGCGGGGAGAGGGAGAUGACGGCGCACCGCCGGCACCGAUCGCUGGAGGAGCUUGCCGGCGAGGUGGGUGCCUCGCCGCAGUGGCGGCAGCAGGGCGGGCUGGCCAGGGGCAGGAGCGCCAGGAUCUUCUCCUGCAUCAGCGGCAUGUGAUGCUUCAGGAAUCAGUGGGAUGAAGUGGUAGUUCUUGUGUUAAUUUUGCUCGUGUUUUGGUCGAAUUCAAGGUAGGAUUCGGCGGGGUGGAGAGUAAAUUUCUACGUAGUUCGUGCAGUUUGUACUUCAAACAGAUUCGAAGUGUAUAUAUGCAUGGAUUUGUUGUACGUCAAGAUGUAAAUAGAUGGUGAUGGUGAACGUGAUUGAACUUGUCCUGAUAAUCUUAUAGUACUACAUAUAUACUCCUCAGAGUUAGUUGUUGUCA